AUUUAAUUAUGGGAGUCAAGGGCUUGACAGCUAGGGCCGGAGACACUGAAUUCACUUCCAUAUUACGUUGCCACCUCUCUUUCCAGGUUUAGGUGUGGGUGGGUGUAUUUGGGGGAAGGGAGUGUGAUAUCACACCAGUGCAGCCCUUUGUCCACCGAGUCCUCUUUCAUUCUUUCUGCAGAACUUCAGCUCCUCCUCGCUCUACAGCUCUCCUUUUGGGGCAGAGGGAGGGAUUCUCUUAGAUUCCCACGGUCCAGCCUUCUGCCAGGCGCGGCUCCUUUAAAACUCGCCCUGCCCCGGGUCUAUUAAGGGAGGGCGUGAUCCUAUGGGCCCGCCUCUGGCUUGUGAUUGGCCGGUGAGUGGAUGGGGGCGGACCUGAGGGAGAGGGCCUCCCACCCUGCUCUGUACCCUCCGCCCCCCCAAGUCUGGGGCUCCGGGUAAAGUUUCAGCCUCCGCACGUGACUCGCCAUGGCCGCUGCCUUCGCCCCGCGCCCCUGAGCCGCGGCCCCCGGACGGCUUCUCUCCCGGGAUCCCGCACCCCUGACGCUGAGCAACACCAAAGCGCAGAGUCAGGGCAGACGCUGUGCCUGUGGGCGCCGGGAUGGAUUGCGUCCCCCCACUGUGAGCAUCACAGGAUAUGGCCCCCCCAGCCGCCUAGCCGGGGCCCAUCUAGGAGAGGCAUCCUUUUUGACGUCCUGAAGGCCUGCUCUGGACCUUCCCAGGAAAGCACCAGCUCACAGAACUGCUUGACCAAAGGACCGGCUCUUGGGACGUCCCCCAACCUACCCGGCCCCCAGCUAGAGUGGGGGCUCCAGGAGGCUGAGAUUAGUGUACUAGCCUUGGACAGCAGCUCGAGGACGGAAGAGGGGGUGGGCUGACCACCUAAACCCCCUCUGGGCCCAGGCCCCAUGCCCCGAGGAGGGGUAGCCUGAAGCCCACCAGAGCCCCCUGCCAGACUGUUUGCCUGCCCUUCUGACUGUGGCUGCUUGGCAUGGCCAGCAACAGCAGCUCCUGUCCAACGCCUGGGGGAGGGCACCUCAAUGGGUACCCGGUGCCCCCCUACGCCUUCUUCUUCCCCCCUAUGCUGGGUGGACUCUCCCCACCAGGCGCUCUGACUACCCUCCAGCACCAGCUUCCAGUUAGCGGCUACAGCACGCCCUCCCCAGCCACCAUUGAGACCCAGAGCAGCAGUUCGGAAGAGAUAGUGCCCAGCCCUCCCUCGCCGCCUCCCCUCCCCCGCAUCUACAAGCCUUGCUUUGUCUGUCAAGACAAAUCCUCAGGCUACCACUAUGGGGUCAGCGCCUGUGAGGGCUGCAAGGGCUUCUUCCGCCGCAGCAUCCAGAAGAACAUGGUGUACACGUGUCACCGGGACAAGAACUGCAUCAUCAACAAGGUGACCCGCAACCGCUGCCAGUACUGCCGGCUGCAGAAGUGCUUCGAAGUGGGCAUGUCCAAGGAGUCUGUGAGGAACGACCGGAACAAGAAGAAGAAGGAGGCGCCCAAGCCUGAGUGCUCAGAGAGCUACACAUUGACACCGGAGGUGGGGGAGCUCAUCGAGAAGGUGCGCAAAGCGCACCAGGAGACCUUCCCUGCCCUCUGCCAGCUGGGCAAAUACACUACGAACAAUAGCUCAGAACAACGUGUCUCUCUGGACAUCGACCUCUGGGACAAGUUCAGUGAACUCUCCACCAAGUGCAUCAUUAAGACUGUGGAGUUCGCCAAGCAACUGCCUGGCUUCACCACCCUCACCAUUGCCGACCAGAUCACCCUUCUCAAGGCUGCCUGCCUGGACAUCCUGAUCCUGCGGAUCUGCACGAGGUACACGCCCGAGCAGGACACAAUGACCUUCUCGGACGGGCUGACCCUGAACCGGACCCAGAUGCACAAUGCCGGCUUCGGCCCCCUCACGGACCUCGUCUUUGCCUUCGCCAAUCAGCUGCUGCCCCUGGAGAUGGACGACGCCGAGACCGGCCUCCUUAGUGCCAUCUGCCUCAUCUGUGGAGACCGGCAGGACCUGGAGCAGCCCGACAGGGUGGACAUGCUGCAGGAGCCGCUGCUUGAGGCGUUAAAGGUCUAUGUGCGGAAACGGAGGCCCAGCCGUCCCCACAUGUUCCCCAAGAUGCUGAUGAAGAUCACGGACCUGAGAAGCAUCAGUGCUAAGGGGGCUGAGCGGGUGAUCACGCUGAAGAUGGAGAUCCCAGGCUCCAUGCCACCUCUCAUCCAGGAAAUGCUGGAGAACUCAGAGGGUCUGGACACUCUGAGCGGACAGCCGGGGGGUGGGGGGCGGGACGGCAGUGGCCUGGCGCCCCCGCCCGGCAGCUGUAGCCCCAGCCUCAGCCCCAGCUCAAACAGAAGCAGCCCGGCCACCCACUCCCCGUGACCGCCCGUGCCCCGUGGACACAGCCCUCGCCCCUCGCCUGGCUUUUCUCUGCCUUUCUACCAACCAUGUGACCCCAGCCAGUCCUGCCCCACACCUGUCCUCCCUGGGACAGGAGGGAGGAGGUGGCGAGUCUGGACAGAGGCCCGGGUGCUGUGGACUGCCGCCCCUGCAGCCAGGGCUCACGUCAAGGGCAAGGUCAUGAACUGAGUGAGGACCCCUGGUCCUGGGCCUCAGGAUGGGGCCUGGGGGCCUUGUGUUCAUCAAGACACCCUCCGCCCACCUUGCCACAUCUUCAUCACCAGCAAAUGCCAGGACCUGGCUCCCCCAUCCUCAGAACUUGCAAGCCAUUGCCCCCCGGUUGGGGAACCCCCCUUGCCUCGGUUGGUGACAGAGGGGGUGGGCCAGGGAUGGGGGGGUUCCCCCUGUACAUACCCUGCAUUACCAACCCCCAGGUAUUCUCGCUGGUUUUGUUUUUAUUUUAAUUUUUUUUGGUUUUGAUUUUUUUUAAUAAGAAUUUUCAUUUUAAGCACAUUUAUGCUGAAGGAAUCUGUGCUGUGUAUUGGGGGGAGCCGAAUCCAGAGCUGGAGGGGGUGGGUCCUGGGGGAGGGCAGCGGCUCAAAGGGGCUCCCACUCUCUCUCCAUGUCCCUGUGUCCCCCUAGCCCUCUUCUCCCCCGCCUCCCCCCCCAGCCUUUUCCUCCUCAGUUUUCUCUUUAAAACUGUGAAGUACUAACUUUCUGAGGCCUGCCCUCGCCUCCUUCGUGCUGGGGAAGCAGCUAGCCCCUGUUCUCCCUCUGCCUAACCACUAGGUGUGGACAGUUCCAGGUAGCCCCUGGACGGAGAGAGCCCACUACGAGAGAUAGGUCAGAGCAAAGCAGGGGGCCCCUCAGACCAUACAAGUGUGUGUGUCUCAGCCCUGUGUUCUUGGCUGAGCCCCCCCCCCCCAAUCAGGGCCCACAUGAUCUAAGCCCUCCAGCCCCCACUGUGAAAGGGCUGGCUAAAGGAUCUGAGCUGUCCCUGCCCUCGAGCCUCACAGCCACCAGCACCACCCACAGGGCCCCCAGACAGACACACACACACACACCAGAAAGGCCAGUACACACUUGGCCUGAGUUCAUCCAUUUCCCUGACCUGCCCGCCACCACCCACCCUACACCUGUGCCCCCUCCUUGCCCCGCAGGACGGGCCUACAGGGGGUCCCUUCCCCUCAUCCCCUGCACCCCCGGGACUGGGGGAGCUGGCUCUGCCCUGCUCCCCUUGCCCCGGGGUUGGGGUCUCAUCCCCCCAGAGCCCGCUGGUGCACCUGUUACUGUUGGACUUUCCACUGAGAUCUACUGGAUAAAGAAUAAAGUUAUAUUUAUUCUA